AUGGUCCAAAUCGGAGAGCUGUCGGCCAGCAUCACGCCUCUGAACAUCAAUCAGAUGACACGCUGGGUCAACACCAAGGAAGAGCACGCCGGCAAGAUCAUCUCACUUAUGUCCGAGUAUUGCCUUUGCCAGCGGGUGAAGCCAGUCAGCGACCCAAAGACGCCCUUCGCAAGCGAGGCAGACUAUAUUGCAGCGCUGCAGUCGCAUCACCAGGUUAUGCUGGCGGCUGUCAAGUGCAAGCAGAACGUCGACCCCGCGCUUGCAGAUGCACUCGAUGGAGCAGUCGCUGAGAUGAGCAAAAUGCGCACCUGGGUCAGUGCCACUCUUGCCCGGAUGAUCCUCGGUGCAUCGCUCACGCGUCCGGUCGGGGCUGGUGAGAUAUUUUCUGAUGGAAGCAAGCAAGGAGCUCAGGUUUUCAUUGGGAACCAAACAGCAAGCGUCCAGAGAGACAUCUUGCGUCAGAAUGGCAUCACGCACGUUGUAAACUGCACGAGCGACAUGGCAAAUGCAUUCCAGGGCAAAGAUGGCUCGAUUGCAUACUUUCGCUUCGAUCUCUACAAGUUCUUCUCAGCCCUGGAUCUCCGAUCUCAUCGAGGUGUCUACGAGUUCUUUGUGCCAGUCUUCCAGUGGAUCGAUGAAGCCGUAGAGUCUGGACCGACUCGCAGAGGGCUUGUUGCAAUGCUUUUAUUUCUUCGUGCAGAAUUGUUUUCAGUGUGUCUGUGA